CAGCAUCGGAAAGCAUAUGGAUCAGAACCAAAAGAGUUUCACAAACUCCCUGUUCAGAUGGCCUUAGCUGGAUUGCUUGGUUUUGGAAUGGUAGAUGUUGCAUAUGCCGAUAGUGAUGAGGGUAGCUCCCAACAUUUUAUUGAUGUGGGACACUUAACACUCUCCUCAAGAUGAUAUCCAUCACGAAAUCGAAUUCUAACUAGGAUCAAUAUCAUAUUCAAUAUGAACACUCAUGGCUCUGGGGCUCUGAUACCAUGUUAAGAAUAACAAGAGAUCUGUGAUUCAAUCUCAAAACCAAUUGGCAAUGAGAGGAGUUGCCCGUGAUCCUUAUAAAUAGAGGAGCUCCCAACAUUUUAUCCAUGUGGGACACUUAACAGAACUCUUUGAUCUGUAGUCUAAGGUCACCAUGUUAAGUCACAAGCUUUCAGUUGGCUACCACUAAGAUUAUGUCUGGAAAUCUCAUGAUCAAAGAUCCAGAGGAUGAAAAGUUAUACUUACUAUGUUCGCUUGAAAUUUAUGAAUAAUUUUUGGAGCAAAUACAAGCAGAGAUUGGGUUUUGAUUGUUCCACCCAACCCUACAUGCGCAUAAUUCUUGCCAAACUUGCAGUUGCUAAAACUCCCCCACAGCCCGAAUCUGCACCUGAAACUGGGAAAAUUCCUCAUUCUGAAUCUAAUCAGAAUCUGGAUGAAAUAGCAAGAAGAGAGAAGGCACGGUUAGAAGAAAUACUUAGGAGCAAAGGGGGCCAAACUGGUUUUUAUCCUCGUUUUAUAGUUUCUGUGAAGGGCCAAAAGGUGAGAAUCAGAUUUCAAGUUCCUGCUGCUUGUGAAAUUCCGCUUCUAAUAACAAACCUUGUUUCACGCCUUGGGGUUAAACCUGAAGACAGUAGUGUUGGAUCCGACAUGAUAUUGCGAGCUUGGGACAGUGGAGUUGCUUGGCAAUUGACACUCACUCGCCCAAAAACUCAAAAUAAAAUAAGUUCCCUCCAACUUCAACCAGAGGACAACAAUGUGAACAAUGGGGAGUUGUGCAUUCUCCUGUUUCGACCACUCAUUAGCUCUGAUAAAACAGAAAUUGAGUUCAUGAAGCAAGGGAGUUUCACUUUUGAGGAGCUUGAUGCGCUGGCAACUGUCUUACAAAUUUCUGGGCAAUCGAGGAGCUUAGAAACUAAGCCAAGGGGAGAUACUACUCGACUCCCGACAAUCAACAAAACAAUAUCUAGUUUGGAGGGAAUGGGUGUUCGAGUUUAUGGGCUCGAACUACAAAGUGCCAAACAUGGAAAAGUGGAUAUAUCAUGGGAUAAUAUUGCUGGUUAUGACAAUCAAAAGAGGGAAAUAGAAGAUACCAUAUUGUUUGCUCUAAAGAGUCCUGACGUGUACGACGAUAUUGCUCGUGGCACGCGAUGCAAGUUUGAGUCAAACAGACCACGUGCAGUGCUUUUUGAAGGCCCACCCGGUACAGGGAAGACAUCUUGUGCUCGUGUAAUUGCCACUCAGGCAGGUGUCCCACUGUUAUAUGUGCCAUUGGAGAUUAUAAUGUCUAAAUACUAUGGUGAAAGUGAGCGUUUGUUGGGGAAGGUGUUUUCACUAGCUAAUGAUAUUCCAGAUGGCGCAAUAAUUUUUCUAGACGAGGUUGAUUCUGUUGCUACUGCACGUGAUACUGACACACAUGAAGCAACACGCAGGGUUCUUUCUGUUUUAUUACGACAGAUUGAUGGGUUCGAGCAAGAGAAGAAAGUAGUGGUUGUUGCUGCAACCAACAGAAAACAGGACCUGGAUCCUGCUUUACUUAGCCGAUUUGAUUCUAUGAUCAUCUUUGGCCUGCCGGAUCAUCAGACACGUGAAGCAAUAAUAGCUCAGUAUGCAAAACAGUUGACAAAAUCUGAUAUAGCUGAACUUGCCACUGCUACUGAAGGAUUGUCCGGCCGCGACAUAAGAGAUGUCUGUCAACAAGCGGAAAGGCGUUGGGCAUCAAAGAUCAUUCGUGGACGAGAACAGAACAAAGAAGAAGAGAGCUUGUUUCCUCCCCUUGUGGAAUACAGUGAAAGCGCACAUAAAAGGAGAAUGGCCAUUAUCGAUUUUUCCAACCACCGGCGAAGCCCCAACCCUCUUUCAAAGAAGCCUCAGUUCGACUUUCUUUAAAAUUUCAGUGUGAACUAUUUAUAGGAUUUACCCUUACAGAGAACAAGCAGUCAUCCGUAAUAAUGAGACGAUUAGGCAUACAUAAGUAUAUUAUUGGAUAGAAUAUCCCAUGAAUAUGCCACUCUCCUUAGUGGCUAUGCUUAUUGUUUUAUCAAUGGAGAAAUGAAAAGUAGUUCGACACA